UGCAUCAAGUACGGUAUUGCUUUAGUCCUAACCGAUAAAUAUUUCACAUCGCAAGAAUAAGUUACAUAGGACGCUGUCAGAAUUCUUUCAUUUGUAAAACUCUUUUCAAUAAUGGCAAAAGUACCUACGUUUAUGUGGAUGUUACUUACGGCGGCUGCAACAGAGGCGAGGCCAUCGUAUCCAUCAAUCGACGAAUCCAUCAAUGAGAUCGAUCAUAACGCGAAUCCGCAAAGGAAUCUACUCGAAUCGAAGCAACUGGAACAAAACUCUGCUUUAUCGACUAACGAGACAUCAAUAACAGCCACCACGCAAAUUGAUGCAACAAACUCGGCAGCUGAUAUCAUAAUCGACACGACCGUACGACCUGUAACGACAACAUCUCUCGUAAAACCGGGCCCGCUUUCUUGGUUUUUAUCGCCGUUAACGCAAAAGGUCCAGUUCUCACCACAAUCGUUCCUGCAAGAUCGCCUAGUGUUGCUAAAAGAAACGCUGAAUAAUCUGGGCAUCAACGUGCUACCAAACGCGACAGCGAAGCAAUUACUUAAUCCCGGUGGUCUGGUGCACUUUCUGGGACCAAAUGACUCCGGUUUCUACACAAAUCGGUUAGAACCGGCUGGUUUCCUAGGCGGUAACGGCUGGUUCGCCAACAAGGGCGGCAUUCUCGGCGGACCCGGAGCCAUAGUCUCCACUGGCAGCCUCUUGACGGAUUAUCCGACAGCUUACAGGCGAAAGUAGGACGAGCUGAAGUAUCGUUUAUUCAAGCGUAUAUGAAUAAAGGAAGAAUGCGAAUCGCGCCAGUGAAAUAGAACUUGCUGCAUAACUUUUUCACUAAAGUUCUGAGAAUUUUUCUGAAAAUUUGUGUCAAGUCGCCUUUACGAAAUGAUUAAAAAAUGUUAUCGUAUUGUAUGAAAAUAUGAAAUUUCAAUAUGAGAAGAUAUCAGUAGCUUUUUUUCGUAAAUUAUUAUAAACAAUGGAUUUUCACGAAUCGAGCUUGAAGAAAAUGCGGAUUCAUAAAUUAAUAGAUAGAUAUUUAUUAACUUUUACUAUACAGCAAGAAAUGAACUUGGUUUACACUUUGUUCUUAACCAGAUUCAUGAAUUAAUAUUAAAUUAUAUAAACUUAAA